AUGUAUUCCAGUAACAACAGUCCUAGAAAAGAGAUUAUAAAUGAAGAUAAUGAAGUCACUUUUCCCCAGUACACUCUAUUUGACAUCACUAUAGACUCGGGUUUAAAAGAUGACGAAGGUAAUGAGUUACCAAGACCUUUCACUAAAAAUCAAAUGCGAAAAUGGCUGAAAAAAGUUAAAUGGGAAAACCGUAAAGCUGAAAAACGGAAAGCUGAGAAGGAACGAGCAAAAGAAAGAAGGCGUAAGGCUCGUGAAGCUAAUAUUGAUUUAGGUCCCAACAGAAAAGCAUUAAAGAAAAUGAAGCUUGAAAAGCAAAAGAAAAGUAUAUCCAUAGUUAUAGAUCUUAGUUUCGAUCACUUGAUGAUGGAAAAAGAUAGAUUUAAAGUAAUAAAACAGAUACUUAGAUGUUAUUCUAUAAAUAGGAGAUCUGCAACACCUAUACAUUUUCAUAUUAGUAGUUUUGGAGACAGGUCUAAAACGGAUAUGUCAAGACAUAACGGAUAUGAGAAUUGGGAUAUAAAUUUUCAUGAAGAAUCAUAUCUUGAUGUGUUUCCUAAAGAUAAAAUAGUUUAUUUAACAAGUGAGUCAGAAAAUGUUAUUGAACAGUUUGAAGAUAAUACUGCUUAUAUUAUUGGUGGACUAGUCGACCACAAUCAACAUAAGGGCCUCUGUCAUAAAAAGGCUGUAGAACAUGGUAUCAGACAUGGACAAUUGCCAUUAGAUAAGUAUAUAAAUAUGAAGACUAGAAAAGUUUUAACAAUUGAUCAUGUAUUCGAGAUUGUUUUGAGGGUGUGUGAAGGGAUGCCUUGGCAAGAUGCUUUGCUGAAAGUUUUGCCAAUGAGAAAAGGAGCUCAUAUUUGUGAUGAUGUUAGUGGUUCCAAUUCAAGUAUAGAUACAUUAGAUACAACAUGUAUCAAUGAAGUAACAAAAUAA